UCGGGAUAUUUCGUUUUUAACUUGCCAGUUUUUGACAUUUUUUUUUAUAAAACAUGCAGGUUAUUUAUUUUGCAUUUUGCGAAGUUGAUAUAAAGUAAUGUGCAUAGAUAAUAUAUAAAAAAAAAUUAAUUAAAAAUUGCGUUGAAAUUUUCUAUUUAGCAAAAUUAAUUUUUAAAGGUUUAAAAUGUCUGGAAGUAAAAUAUUUAGGAGGAAUAGGGCGAUGGGAUAUGUAAGUAACCACGUUCCAGCCAAUAUUAGAUAUGUUCGGAGACGGAAAGAUACUCUAAUAACUACGUGUGUUGGUAGAGCAUUUCAAGUUUACACAGCAAGUCAUUUUCGUUUAAUACAUGUUAGUGAUGUUCACCCUGAUGAAAUUACAGCAAUAGCAGUUGAUAAAUUAUUUACUUAUGUGGCCAGCAAUAAAACAAUUUAUUCUUGGCGCUUUGGAAAAGAAAUACGUCAUGUAUAUAAGGGACAUAAUAAAAAUGUUCAUUUGUUAUUACCAUUUAGAGCUCAUUUAAUAGCAGUCGAUGAAGAAAAUAUUUUGAAAGUUUGGGAUAUAAGUAGCGAAACGGUAUAUUUAGAAAUUCCUUUCCCUAAUGAGUUCUUGGUAACCGCUUUAGCCCAUCCGCCAACAUAUAUAAAUAAAAUGCUUCUUGGAAGCGAACAGGGAGAUAUGCAGCUUUGGAAUAUUAAAGAAAAUAAGUUGAUUUAUACCUUUAAUGGUCGUGGAAGUAAAAUUACAGUAAUUGAACCAGCCCCAGCUCUAGAUGUAGUGGCUAUAGGACAUUAUGAUGGAGUUAUAAAAUUGCUAAAUUUAAAGUUUGACGAAGUAAUUAUGGAACUGAAACAAGAUUUUGGUAGUAUAACACAAAUUUCUUUCCGCACUGAUGGGCUGCCCAUAAUGGCUAGUUCCAGUUCAGAUGGAAAUGUAGUUUUUUGGAAUUUAGAGGAAAAAAAGGUUUCAAGUCAAAUAUUAGCUCAUAAUGCCAGCGUUACAACUGCUAUUUGUCUUGCAAGUGAACCUCUGCUUCUAACAACAUCGCCAGAUAAUUCAAUGAAACUGUGGGUUUUUGAUAUGCCAGAUGGUGGCGCAAGAUUAUUAAAAAUUCGCGAAGGGCACCAUGCACCGCCUUUAUGCAUACGUUAUCAUGGCUCAAAUGGAUUAAAUAUUUUGAGUUCCGGGGAAGAUAGUUCCAUGAGAAUAUUUUGUCUUUUAUCAGAGUCUUUAAAUAAAGGUCUUGGGCGAGCUAGUUAUAAUAGAAAAAUAUCAAAAAAGAAAGGAAAUCGUGUAAAUGAUCCAUUAAUAAUGCCUCCCAUAGUGCACUUUACGUCAGAAACAACUAGGGAUAAAGAGUGGGAUAGCAUAGCCGCAAUCCAUUCAGGGAUAAUUCAAACAACAACCUGGUCAUAUCACAAAUGUAAAAUGGGCGAUCUUAGACUCAUUCCUGAAAAGUUUUUUAAUAAAAAUCGAAAAGAUUUUAAUACAGAAACGACUUGUAUUACUAUUACACAUUGUGGGAAUUUUGUUAUAAUUGGUUAUUCUUCAGGGGACGCCGAACGAUUUAACAUUCAAUCCGGUAUUCAUCGAGCCAGUUAUGGGAAACCAUCGCACGAUGCUGCAGUUAGAGGAGUAGCAUGUGAUAAUUUAAAUCAAAUGGUGAUAACAGGAGGAAGUGAUGGAUUAAUAAAGUUUUGGCAUUUUAAAGGACAAGUUUCAUUUCCAACGAGCACACAUAAACUUCCGUCUGGAGUAAACAUGUUUCGUUCACAUAGAGAAAGUGCCAUGCUUGCAAUAAGUUUAGAUAAUUUUAUAAUAUAUGUACUUGAUUAUGAUGCUAGAGUUAUUGUUAGAAAAUUUGAGGGACACACUGCUAGAAUAACAGAUGCAACUUUUAGUCCAGAUAGUCGUUGGUUGAUAACAGCUGCAAUGGAUUCAACAAUAAAAAUUUGGGAUAUUCCUUCAUCUUACAUGAUUGAUCAUUUUAAAACUGAACGACCUUGUGUUUCAUUGACAAUGUCACCGACAGGAGAUUUUUUGGCAACAGCUCACACAAAUUAUUUGGGGGUAUAUUUAUGGGCCAAUAAAAGUUUAUAUAAUCAAUUAUCUUUAAGAUCGAUAAAUCCAUUUGAUGAAGCACCUUACAUUGAUUUACCCGGCAGUCAAAAAGAUUCCACAAAUCUCGAAGAUGCUUUUGAAGAUAUGGGUUUAGAUGGAGAAGAAAUUGAUAUAAAUUAUGAAACUCCAGAACAAAUUUCAGAAAAUUUAAUAACAUUAUCCAAUUUGGCAUCGUCUCGUUGGCAAAAUCUUCUUGAUUUAGAUAUAAUUAAGAAGCGAAAUAAACCAAAAGCUCCACCAAAAGUUCCAAAGCAAGCUCCAUUUUUUUUACCUACAGUUGCCGGAACAGAUUUCAAAUUUGAUUUGAGUGCUGCUGUAACUGAUAAAGAAAACUUAAAAGUAAAUAUUUCUGAAAAUUUCAAUAACUUAAGUGGUUUUGGAAAAUUACUUCAAGAUACCAUACAAACUAAUGAUUAUAAUGUUUGUAUAAAUUAUUUAAAAUCUUGUGGACCAUCAAUGAUUGACUUUGAAAUAAAAUCUUUAAGUCCUUAUGGUGGUGGAAAUUAUAAAGUUUUAAUUCAGUUUUUAAAAAUGAUAGUAAAUAUGUUUAACAAAAAUAUAGAUUUCGAGUUAUCUCAAGCAUAUUUAGCGACAUUUUUAAAAGUUCAUAGUAAAAUUUUAAUUGAAAAACCAGAAAAUCUAAAAUAUCUAAAAGAAGUUGAAGAGGCGCAAACCAAAAGCUGGAAAAUUUUAGAAGAAAAACUGUUUUAUGGAAUCGGAGUUGUUACAGCUUUAAGAAAUUAUGUUAAUUAAAAAUAAUAAUUAUCGUUAAGACUUCUUUUUUUUUAUUUUAAAAUAAAUAAAUGCAAACAUC